GAGGAAGAAGAGAAGAGAGCCUGGGCGGAGAGGGACCCUGGAGGGACGGAGGGUCCUUGGGCUCCGCGGCGGCGGCGGCGGCGGCGGCGGCGGCAGCAGCAGAAGAAGCAGCAACGGAUCAGGCUAUUAACACAUCGGGAAACAGAAUGUUAAUGCUUGAUGGGAUGCCUGCAGUCAGAGUCAAAACGGAGCUGCUGGAAUCAGAACAAGGGUCUCCCAACGUUCAUAACUACCCAGAUAUGGAAGCCGUGCCCCUCUUGCUGAACACCAUGAAGGCCGAGCCAGAAGAAGACACCUUGUGCACGGAUCAUUUCCAGACGCAGACGGAGCCGGUGGACUUAUCCAUCAACAAAGCCCGAUCCUCCCCUCUUGCCACCUCCUCUUCACCAGUAUCAAUUACCGCCUCUGCAUUGUCCCCCUCUUCAACUUCAACGUCUUCUAGUCGGCCAGCUUCGUCUCCCACGGUAAUAACCUCGGUGGCAUCAGCAACAUCGGCCCCAUCAGUAUUAACUCCAGGUCCACUUGUGGCAUCUGCCUCUGGUGUUGGAGGGCAACAAUUUUUGCACAUAAUCCACCCGGUUCCACCUUCGAGCCCCAUGAACCUUCAAACCAACAAAAUGAGUCACGUCCACCGCAUUCCUGUGGUGGUGCAGUCGGUACCGGUGGUCUACACUGCGGUGAGAUCACCAGGAAAUGUGAACAACACUAUAGUAGUACCACUACUAGAGGACGGGAGAAGUCAUGUCAAAGCACAAACGGACCCUCGUGGCCUAUCUCCCAGACAGAUUAAAAGCGACAGUGACGAUGAUGACCUACCCAACGUGACUUUGGAUAGUGUGAAUGAGACUGGAUCCACAGCCCUCUCAAUAGCCAGAGCUGUUCAAGAUUCAAUUUCACCGUUUAGCAUUGAGAGCACAAGACGCCAGAGACGGUCUGAAUCGCCAGACUCUCGAAAGCGCCGCAUCCACAGGUGUGAUUUUGAAGGGUGCAAUAAGGUUUACACGAAAAGUUCCCACCUGAAGGCUCAUCGGAGGACCCACACAGGGGAGAAACCGUACAAAUGUACCUGGGAAGGCUGCACGUGGAAAUUUGCUCGCUCAGAUGAACUAACGAGGCACUACCGCAAACACACAGGAGUGAAGCCGUUCAAGUGCGCGGACUGUGACCGAAGCUUUUCCCGCUCAGAUCAUUUGGCACUGCAUCGCCGAAGGCACAUGUUGGUCUGAAAAAAAAAAUGCUACCUUGUCUAUACA